GAAAUGCCGCCAAUCAAUAAGACAUGAUGAAUAUAAUCUUGGCAGUGCCAUUUAAAGAGACCAUCUCCCAAUGAUUUGUUCAGUCUGUGUUCACAGAUGCCUUUAAUAUGGAAAUAAGAUGACUUGUAGCAUUCCUUCAGAGAAUUGAUCAGGAAUGGAAAUACUGUUUACCUAAGGUAAUAACACAAGACAUGGAAUCACUGACUUCCCAUCUUCCUAAGGUGGAUGACAAGGCUUUAGAAUUCCAAGUGGACAUUCAGGAUGCACAGUUUAACCAUGAGGGUCGAUACUUCCUUAGGCUCUCCAUCCAGAGCCUACACACCAAGGACUACAGUGGGGUACAGGUACAGAAAGGUUACGGUGCUCCGUACACAAAUGAGAACGAGGCUGAAACUGACGUGGUAACACAGCAGGAGUCUGCAGUGCUGUCCAGAUUUCAGGACAAACAAUUUACCUUCCGGCUCCCUGUUGGAUUUUGUAAGAAUGACAAGAAUCAUGAUCUGUAUUUACUUGUGGAGGCCUUCAACCUUCCAAACAAUGGUGGCAUGGGGAAGAAAGUCGGAGAGGGAAAGUUUGCUAUCUACCCUCGGCCGAAUGCCCCGAAAAUCAAAGCCAAUGUGGAGCCUGGUGAAGAUUUCUACAACUACACUGAUGUAUUGUCUCUCUUAAGGACAGUCAGUACAGACAGUGUACAGAUGCAUUGUGGGAGAAUACGGAGUGUUUAUGCAUUGCGAGAAGUUGUUGCUCCCAAACCAAAAUCACCACUUAAAACACCACCUAAAAAAAUAAAAAAGAAACAAACUCCACCACCCUCCAGCCGACCAGUCCCAAAACCAAAACCACCCCCCUCACCAACGAGCUCCUGGGGUGGGGACAACAUAUCCAUUUUGCUUCCCUCCUCCCCACCCUACCCACCUCUGUCUGACAACAAAAGGGUUAAGGAGGAUCCUCUUGAGGACAAGGACAGACACACCUACCACACCGAGUCCUCGUACAGACACGUGUCAAAGCUGGGGGAGGAACAGAUCGAUGUCAUCUUCCACGGAGCCUCAAGUCUCCCCAACACAGAGUCUGGCACAACGCCUCAAGCUUUUAUCAUCUUGAAGAAAUCGGAUGAGGAUCAGAAAGGUUCUGUGACCCACACUUCUCUGAGACCUACAAGUUCCCCUUCUUGGGAGGAGAUGAUCAAAACUACCCUGGACUCAUCAGAAGCACGGGAUGAAUUCCUGGUGGUCUCAGUGGCUGACGGUCCAUCUAAACAGGAACUAGUGGACUACAAAAUCCCUGUCAACUCACUACAGCCAUUCCACCAAUAUCACCUGGAACUGGUCAAGCCAAAGAAGGGGGUGCCUAAUGGAGUUCGAGUGUUUGCCUCAAUAACCAGAAAACUGUCGAAACUCCCUAAAGAUGCUUCUUCUCCAAACUAUCUGGGACUAGAGGUUUUACUUCAAGCUGUCCAGAAACCACUACAGACCUCUAUGGGGCCCCUUAUUGCUGUGGCUAGGAUUGUCCCUGACUUCUACAAUUACAGAAGUAAUUACUUGAUCUCUAACCCUCGUGCUGCUGGGGUCACAAUGACAAGUGUCUCAUUUCCUUCACCCCACCCUGCCUCCUUCAGUGUUCCCCCAGGGACUAAACAUGGCUAUCCUCAGAUAAGUUUGCCAGGGAAGCCUGACGUACAGCCAGUGUGGAAUCACCCGUACCUGUUCUGUGACGAGAGAGACAAGGCCACUCUCUUCACCCCAUCAGCAGCUCUAGUUAUAGAGUACUACCACCAGGACACAGCCAUGACAGAUCAGUUCUGGAAGGUGAAGAGUCCUAUGGGGUUCUCAGCUUUACAGCUUGACAAAGAUUUGUACAAGGAGCUGAUAAAGGAGAAUGCAGUCAAAGGUCUGAGAGUAGAUAACCUACCUGUACAGGGUACAGACAUCGUAACAAUCGAGGGGACACAACCCACAGUUGGAGUAAUUUUAAAGCUCAUUACAAAUAGUGAACCGGAUGCCAUGGUGAGGGCAGACAAUCUGGAAUCCCUCCCUGCUCUGGAUUUGUUCCCUGAGCCGAGUGCUGGGUACUUCCGUACUGGAGAUGACGCUAAUGGUGUGAAAUCACCAGAAGUGUUAAAGGUUAACUUUGCUGACGAGACAUCGUGGGACUCGAUGGGAACUGAGAAACCGGAAUCUCCCCCGCAACAGCCCGGGUACUACUUACAGAAAGUAUACAAGAAACCCAUGUCUCCUAAUUGUUUGUUCCAAGUCUAUUCAUUAUCAGAUUUACAGCCUAUCAAAGAUGGGGAUCUUCCUCCCUAUGAAGCUAUGGAGUCCAUACUCCCAGAUUACCAGUACAUCUUUGUGGACCCAGACAACAAAUCUGGUCGCCCACCCCAGAGGCCACCAGCUGCCACCCAAUUGCCAGGGGCUACCUCUUCGAUGCCAGGAGGCCCCUCUACCAGUUACCAACCGGCAAAUCUGGACCAGACAUCCAUGAAUGUAUUGGACCACCAGAUGAAGGAACUGGAGAAUUAUCGGACUGCUGUCCACAAAAUGGGUCAAGAUAUCCUCGCCCUGAGACAGCAGAUCCGAGAGCUGGAGGCAAAUAACAGUCAGCUCCGACGAGAUCUGGCUAAUUACAAUGAUGCUGGUAAACUGAUGAUUGAAUCAGCGGAACUAGACAAUCUCACAAAACCAGAGGUCAUGUCCAGAUAUGCUGCACUAAAACAAACACUGCAGUCAAACUCUGGUGACAUACAAGCCUACAAAGACAAGGUUCAGAAACUACAAAACGAACUCAUCAAGAAAAAUGACCAGGAAAAGAGAUACAUAAAGAUUGCUCAGAACUACAAACAACAGAAUGAGGUGAUCACCAAACUCCAGGAAAAACUGAAGAAGAUGAGGACGGUGGAGGAGGCGUGUAAAAAACAGGAGAAGGUCAUAGAGAAGAUGGAGAAGAUUCUAGAAAAGCAACACAGAGACCGGGGCAAAAAGUCAACAGAUGCUGCCCAAGAAGCCAAUGAAGCCUUGUUAGAGGAGAACAAGAGACUACGACAACAGGCUGAUGACUUACGGGAUCAGCUGAGAUUAAGUAAUAAAGGAUCAUCAACAUCUGAAACAGAUAAACUGGAACUCUAUCAGGCUCUGGAGAAAGCCGAGGCUAGGAUACAGUCUCUGGAAACCCAGCUUUUAGAGAAUUCUAGAAGUUGGGGUAAAGAGAGAGCAGAUAUGUUGUUAAAGUUAAAUGAAGCGGAACACGGGUUUGGACGUUCAGCGGGCAUGGUUCUACAUGAUUACCCAGUCUAUAAUGAUAAACUCGCCCGUAACAGUCCUCGGCGAUUGUCUCCCCUGUACCGCUGAUACAACUCAUGAACCCCCUUCUGGUGCUUUCAAUAUGGCUGCCAACUGGAGCUGAACAGACUAUAAAUGUCACCUUUAUUUAUUAGUUACAUCACGCCACUCAAGAAGAGAUCUAAAGUUGCUGCCUCUUGUGAAUGCAUGAAUUGUACAACUGUGUUAAAAUGAUAUUGUCAACUGAAUGAUUUACUGCUUAUACCCUGGAGUGAUGCUGAAUCGUCUUUUUCUUCACAUUCUUAAUCACAUUUUAUAUUAAAGGUAACUAAGGGGUAAUGUGCUUAUUCUCAUUAUGUAUCGGACUUUCAUACAUAUUCCUGGAUUGUUCUCGACUGUGGUAGCAGGAACCACUGUAAACCAUGGCUCAUUGUUCAUCAUCGUUGUACAAUAAUUCUUAUAUUGUUAUCAGUUUCAUAUAAUUAUGUAUUGUUAGAGAUUAUGCAUUUUGUUGGAAAUAAAUUAUUUAUUAGUUGUAAA